AUGGCAGAAGUAUACGAUACCAAUCGAUUUGGCGAACUUUACUAUGCAUCACGGCAACCUACCUCUAAUCAUUUGUUCUUAGCAGCAAACCAUCUUGCACAAAUUUGUCGAAACGCAAAUAUACCGUACGCUUUCCUAGGAGGCUGGACUGUCCGACUAAGGGGCGGCUCCCGAGAGACACAAGACGUUGAUAUUGCUGUUGCAACUACCAUGGAGUUGUUUAGGAAGACGCUGUUGCAAAUGCCUCGGAUUUGUUUUCCUCAAACUUAUGGUCAAACAGCUGUUAAUCUGUUUGUCCAAACCGGAAUGUCUUAUGAUCAAGGUUAUAAAGACACACCAAACCUUGCUGUUCAGGUCGACGUAAUCAUAAGCGGUCAUUUGAACAGUCCUACGGACAUCAACAACAACACUUCUGAGGUUAUUACACUACCAAAUGGUUUCAAUGCCAGAGUGGUGAAUACCUUGUAUCUCUUGCGAGGAAAAUUUCAUGCUUUCAUCACACGCGGGAAAACGAACACAAACGAUUACCAAGAUCUGGUCUUUCUCAUCAGCCAGUAUCAAAUGGAGAUGCCUCAGUACAAUAGUCAUAUUGAUAAAGCAUAUCGCCUGGCGUUUCUAGAUAAGUAUGCAGAGAUGAACUCAGGAAAUAAAGCCUUCAUUGAGUGGAUGAGACAGAAGCUUGGACUGGCCGAAGGCCAGUCGGCACCUGUUCAGCAGCAAUCUUCCCAACCAGAAGCAUCCGGCGCUGAUUGGGUUUGGGACGAAACGUAUAGGCGAUACAGGAGAUUAGUUAAAGGCGAAUGGCAGUGGGCGCCUUUGUAG